AUGAUCAACUCUGAUUCAGACCCUGAGCGUGCCCAGGGGCCUGUCGCAACCUCCUUCCACCAUGGAGAACUUUCCUUUCUAUCGGCGGACAAGCUGACGAGGCGGCUGGGCUCUUCAAUGGGCAUCCCUGAGAAGAACCCCGCGAUGAACCACAGUGAAGAGUCACUCAAUGCUGGAUCCAACAUACUUACCAAGGACGGCACGCACCGAUUUCUCAAAUCACGGCAUAUCCAGUUGAUUGGUAUCGGAGGUACAAUUGGUACGGCGCUUUACGUCCAGAUUGGCCAAAGCCUGCUUAAUGGUGGUCCCGCCAGUUUAUUUCUGGCAUUCACGAUAUGGUUAGUUUUCAUAACCCUUGUUGAUGAACUCCUAGGUCUGGCUGAGAUGGUUGUAUACCUUCCCGUCUCCUCUCCUUUUAUCCACUUUGCUGGCCGCUAUGUCGACGAAGCCUUUGGGGUAGCAGCCGGUUGGAAUUUCUUCGUCUUCGAAGCUGUGCAGGUGCCAUUCGAAAUCACCGCAUGUAGUAUGAUCAUCCACUACUGGAGCGAUGUGGUCCCAACAGUUGCAAUCAUAGUCAUUGUGCUUGUGCUCUAUGCAUUCUUGAAUGUCUUCGCCGUGAACUACUAUGGUGAAGCCGAGUUUUGGCUUGCUCUGGGAAAAGUCCUACUCAGUAUAGGUCUGAUCGUCUUCACGUUCGUUGCAAUGUUGGGUGGCAAUCCCCAAAAGGACCGAUUUGGGUUUCGCUAUUGGCAAGAGCCUGGUUCAUUUGCAGAGUAUUACAAGACGGGGGACCUUGGGCGAUGGUUAGGAUUUCUGGCUUGCUUGAUCAAAGCGAGUUUCACCAUUGCGGGCCCCGACUAUGUGUCAAUGGCCGCUGGAGAAACGGAGAAUCCACGAAAGGUCUUGCCGAAAGCAUACAAUGGCGUCUUCUACCGACUCACGUCAUUCUUCGUUCUAGGAGCACUAUGCGUGGGUAUUUUGGUCCCUUACAAUGACCCGACCAUGGUCAAUGCAUUCGAAAAGGACCUACCUGGCGCGGCUGCAUCGCCCUAUGUCAUUGCGAUGGACAGACUGGGUAUUCCGGUUCUACCCCAUAUUGUCAAUGCCAUGGUCCUUGGAGCCGCCUUCAGUGCAGGAAACAGCUAUGUCUACUGCGCAAGCAGAUGCCUGUAUGGACUUGCGCUAGACAACAAAGCGCCAAAAAUCUUCAGGAAAUGCACGAAGAAUGGCGUUCCCAUCUACUGCGUGGGGCUUGUCCUGCUGAUUGCGCUGUUAGCCUUCCUGCAGGUCUCCAACAGCGCAUCAGUUGUGCUCAAUUGGUUUAUCAACCUGGUUACUGCGUCGCAAUUGAUUAAUUUCUCGGUCGUUACAUUCUCCUAUACCCGCUUUAGGAAGGCGCUCAUCACGCAAAAUGUUCCCCGCAGCUCUCUCCCGUAUCAAAGUCUCGGUCAGCCUUACGUUGCCUAUACGGCCCUGGUCUGUACGGUAGUCAUGACGUUUGUGGGUGGGUAUGAAGUCUUUCUACCUGGAAAAUGGGAUAUUCCCACCUUUUUCUUCUCGUACACGAUGAUUGGAGUAUUCCCAAUCAUUUUCUUUGGAUGGAAGCUUUGGCACAAGACCCAUGUUCGAAAACCUGAAGAAAUUGAUCUGAAGACUGGACUCGAUGAAAUUGACGAGUAUGAAAGAAAUCAUGUGUCGUUGCCUGCGAGCAAUAUAUUCUCGAGAUUUGCCGAUUGGAUUUUCGGCUAA